AUGACUAUUUCCAUACCCUCAGUUCAGAAAGCAGCUUUUAUCGAGAGCCCUGGCGAUAAUGCCCGGAUUGCCAUUCGAUCAGAUGUUCCAGUACCCAACCCUGGAAAACACGAAAUUCUGAUCAAGCUGGCCUGUAGUGGAGUUUGUGGUUCCGAGAUCCGCGCACUUUCAGGAUGGGGUCCUUACAAUCCCAUCGUCGGCCAUGAAGGUGUAGGCACAGUCGUCAAACUCGGUCAAGACGUUGACACCAACUUUUUGAACAAAAGAGUUGGUGUUAAAUGGCUGUACAGCGCCUGCGAGGAAUGCACAGCCUGCAAGCGAGGCUAUCCCAACAACUGUCCGAAACAGCUCAACACCGGAAAACACGUUCCUGGAACUCUGCAAGAGUACAUGAUUGCAGAUGCUAGGUAUGUGACUGAAAUUCCCGAUGGGAUUUCUAGUGAAGUGGCUGCCCCGUUACUUUGUGCCGGGCUCACUAUGGCUGGGGCUGUCUCUGAUCUUGACGGCCAUGUCGACAGUGGGGAGUGGGUUGUGAUUUCAGGUUCGGGGGGUGGUCUUGGGCACUUGGGUGUGCAGAUUGCGAAGUGGUUGUUUGGGGGAUACCGUGUGAUCGGUAUAGAUACCGGAGAAGAAAGACGAAAGUUGAGCUUGGAUAGUGGUGCCGAGCACUUUAUCGACUUUGCCACCGAGAAUGUCCAACAGAGGGUCAAGGAAAUCACUGGUGAGGGAGCAGCAGCUGUGAUGGUGGUUACUGCUUCUCAAGAGGCUUUCAUCCAAGCUCCCAAUCUGGUAAGGAACAUGGGAAUCAUUGUCAUGGUUGGACUGCCAAAGAAUGACUUUAACAUUCCCAUCUCUGCGUCUGUCUGCGCGGCGCGAGGCCUCACUAUUACUGGUGUUUCGGUAGGAACGGAACAACAAAUGGAGGAGAUUCUGCAGUACACUUUGGACGGUAUAUUAGUUCCAAAGGUCAAAGUAGUUGAGUUUGAUCAAGUCGGGCAGGUGAUGAAGGAUCUUCAACGACAGGCAAUCACUGGAAGGGUAGUUGUCAAGAUUCCAUAG